CUCUGCCAAGUGUUUGUCACUUUUCCAAAAUUCUUAUCAAGAAAAAGCUAAUUCUAGACCUUUAAGAUACUAUAAACAAAUAGAGUACAGGACUAACAAAAUUACAUUCUCUUUGCCUUAGCCUGAUCUCUUACUUCUGCUUUUAUUACCAGAGAAAUAAGAAUAAGAAAAUCAAAUUGUGUGAAGAGAAAUGGUCUUGAUUACGAAGAUGUCUCUCUCUUUCUACAUCAUUCAUCUUCUCAUUUUCUCCUUGAUUCCCACUUGUGUUAUCUGCAACCAGGCGGAGGAUAAUCUUCUUCAAGGUCUAAACAGCUACCGAACUGCUCAAAGAGUUCCUCCUUUUGCAAAGAACGAAAAGGCUGAUUGUGUGGCGGAUGAGAUCGCCGACAAGUUGGAAGAUCAGCCAUGCACAAACCAUACCACAGCCAGCACGGUUACUCCUGGCUCGGUCCCUCCACGGUUAACAAACUACCAAGACAUUCUCUCUGAGUGCAAAAUUGAUCCGAACACUACUCGUGAUGCGUUGAUCUUACCGGUCUGUAUCCCUAACCGGAUCCCUACUUUGGCUUUAACUAAUUACACCCAAACUGGUUAUGCUCGGUAUCUAAAUGAUUCGAGGUAUGUCGGGGCCGGUGUUGGAUCGGAGAAAGAAUGGAUGGUGGUUGUGUUGACAACAAGCACUCCAGGUGGAAGCUUUACUGCUGGUGUUGCUGCUGGUGAGGCGACGUCUGUGAGAGUGAUGGCUGGUUUAGGGCUAAUGGGGUUGUUGUUUAGUUGCCUUGUGCUCUUCUGAGCUAGUGAUUGUUGUGUUUUGUGUGAAGACUCUUGUAUCUUUUAUGCUUUGUUUUUAACGGAUAUAUUGUCAAAAGAAAAAGAAAAAAAAACCCAUCGUAAUUAGCAAAUUAAAAAGUA